AUGAGAGAGGCGAAGCGGGGGGACCCGGGGCGGGGGGACCGGGGGGACCGGGGGACCGGGGGGACCGGGGGGACCCGGGGCGGGGGGACCGGGGGGAGCGGGGGGACCGGGGGCGGGGGGACCGGGGGGACCCGGGGCGGGGGGAGCGGGGCGGGGGGACCGGGGGGACCGGGGCGGGGGGACCGGGGGGACCCGGGGCGGGGGGAGCGGGGCGGGGGGACCGGGGGGACCGGGGCGGGGGGACCGGGGGGACCCGGGGCGGGGGGAGCGGGGCGGGGGGACCGGGGCGGGGGGACCGGGGGGACCCGGGGCGGGGGGAGCGGGGCGGGGGGACCGGGGGGACCGGGGGCGGGGGGACCGGGGGGACCCGGGGGGACCGGGGGCGGGGGGACCCGGGGCGGGGGGACCGGGGGAGCGGGGGGACCGGGGGGACCCGGGGGGACCGGGGGCGGGGGGACCCGGAGCGGGGGGAGCGGGGCGGGGGGACCGGGGGGAGCGGGGGGACCGGGGGGACCGGGGGCUUCUUGA